AAUAAAGGUACAUUUAUGUAACGUUACAUUUCUUUCUACAUGUUACAGAAAUAAUGUUUGUGCCUUUUAAUGAACGACACAAAUGGGAUCAUUAGUCUGCUUCUAUUAUAUAUAGACGAGUGUGCAACUAUUAUAUAUUUUAUUGUAUUUUAUAGAUAGUAUUUGUCCAUGCACUUACAACAAACUUUUCAUUCUUUUUGCAUUUUAUUGAAAAUGUGUUAAGAUUAAUAACACUUCCCGUUUUGCUGGAAGUUAGGGAAAUAGUUCAGCCCAUUCAGUUAUCAUUUACUCAAUCAUGUUGUUAAAACCUGUUAGCGGAAUGACUUUCACUGUAAGGGAAGUUGCUAUGAGACUGAGGCUGUAAUUAUCUCUUUUCUUUUUCUGCGAAAGGAAGUCAACAACACGAGGAGUUGCAGUAUAAGCUGAUAAUGGACCUUCCAAAGUCGAGUAGUAAAGGAUCCAGCCGUAGAAUCUGUAAGCACCAUACAGAGAGCAACAAGUUCCAGAGAGACAGAAGGAACUAUUUGGAACAGACUUUGGAGGAAACCUGCUCACAACAAGCCAGAGAGAUUAGUCAUUUACAAAGUAGAGAAACCAGAUCCAAUUCCUUCACAGCCAACAGAACGGAAGGUCCUCCAGAAGCUAAAGCAGGGUUCAUCACUUCUCUACAGCCUCUAAUGAUCCAGUGUAGCCCCUCUCAGGUUCCUCGACCUCCCUCCCUACAGGAAUGUGAAGUCAUCAUACGCCAGCUAUACAACGCUAACAGCCUGCAGUCCCAGGAGAUCCUACGCGUGAAAGCUGUUCUCAAAGACAUUGUAUUCAACAAGAAAAUAACAGCAGAAAAUUACAUUUUGACAAAGGCUUAUCUUGGCGAUGGUAAAAGAGUUGAUGAAUCAGGCACAUUUCCUCAGCUUUCUCUCCAAACACUGCCUGAAGGACUACCUGUGUCUCAGGCUAGUAAAGCAGAGAAAGUGAUCCUCCCUGCCCUCAAACAGACCCUCAAUAACAUAGCAGAUAGACACAGGAGGACUCGGGCUGUGCAGAGAAAUCGUCUACAGAAGACUAUACACUGAAGGACCA